AUUUUAUUUGUCAUUGAAUGACUUAACCAUUACUAAAUGGGUUAUUUUUAAUUCAUCUUUAAAGUGAGAUCUGGUGAGAUCACGGACUGUUUUAGUUACGUCGGCAUCCAAUCGUUUGUUUAUGUUUUUGUAGGAGGUCAUCACAAAUAUCUAUUGGAAAACAUAAAAUGGCGAAGGAAUAUGUACCAAAACUUGAUCUCAAUACAGAAGCAUUUCAAAUGCGGGCACAGUGGAAAAAGGUGGAUAUAUGCCGAAAGCAGUGGUUUGAUCAAUGGAGCUGGCUUUUGGAUGAGAGAAUACAAACGAUCGCCGAGUCGGACAAAAUUCGGAGAGAAAGUGCCGAUAUUCUGCCGCAGGUUAUAAGUAAAUUGGAAACAACGAAGACUCUGAAGCCAGUGCCUGUGACAUCUACAGGAAUUAUUGGAUGGCUCUCUACCAAGUCUGACUGUCAACUUGAAAUAUAUACAUCGUGGCUCUCGAAAAUUCCAGUAAAACUUCCAGACACUUGGGAUAAUAAGGAUUACGUUGGUAACAAAUAGGUUAUAACUGUUAAACACUUCUAUUGUAACAAUUUUUCUACAAAUUGUUAAAUACUUCUAUUGUAAAAAUUUUAUAUAAAUUGUUAAAUACGUCUAUUGUAACAAUUUUUAUAUAAACUGUUAAACACUUCUAUUG